CUUUCUUCAGGUGUUGCUGUCCUCUAUCCAUUGAUGCGCAAAACACUGUGUUGUAACCUACCUACUUUUAUCCCAUUUUCUGAGUAAGAGUUGUAGAAGAAAGACUGGAAGACAUGUUGCGGUUGUUUAUAAUUUCUUCUGUCUUCUUCCUGCCCAGUGCGUGGGGCCAGAGCAGCAGCAAGUUAGAUGUGGUGGUGGAGGCCCGUAACAUCACCCUCCCAGCCGGGACCCAGGCCGUGCUGCCCUGCCACAGCCCCCGCAUGGUGUGGACCCGGGACCGGCUGAAGGAUCGUCAGAGGGUGGUCCACUGGGACCUGUUCCGGAGCACACCAGAGUACUCUGUGGAAAGGAUACUGGACAUGUCUGCUGGCGUCAAAGAGAGAGUCUACAAUGGGUUCAAUAAGGGCCGCAUAACCAUCCCCAAAACCGCCUUCACUGACGGGAACUUCUCCCUCAUCAUCAACAAUGUAGGAUCAGCUGAUCGAGGUGUUUAUAGUUGUAAUCUGCAUCACCACUACUGCCAGCUUCACCAGUCCAUCAAGAUACAGCUCAACACCACCAAGUCAGUCCGUAAGGAGAAGCGUUACUGGGACGGGGACAAGACAGUGUUUGUGGUGUUGCUGGGGAGCUCUGUGGUGUUGCCUUGUGUGAACAGGCGGCCCCUGUGGAUGGAGGGCCAGCAGGAGGACCAGCAGCAGGUAGCCCACUGGGACUGGCAGCCACCUGGGGUGAGACCUGAUGGAGCUGACCGCCUGGUGGACCUUUACGCCUCUGGAGAGCGCCGGCAGUAUGGACCACUCUUCCCUGUGGACAAGAUGAGUGUCUCUGAGGAUGCCUUCUCUGUAGGGGAUUUCUCUCUGACCAUCACUAAUCUCCAGCCUGUCGACAAGGGCCUGUACUCCUGUCACCUGCACCACCACUAUUGCGGCCUGCACGAGAGACGCAUCUUCAGGCUCAUGGUGGGGCCUUCACUGCCCCCACCUCCUCCGGUCCUCACCGCUGCCCCUGUUGCCCCUGCUGUCCCGACUGUCCUUGUUAUCCCCCACACACUCCCCAAUGAUGACCCAAGCCCUGACGUGGUUGAACUUGAGAGACCGCAGGUAGUCAAUGUCAUCCUCCCUGAGCACGCAGGGCACUUCUUCCACCAGAUGGGCUACUUCCUGGCUACGUUCCUCCUCCUAGCCUUCAUCAUAACAAUCGUCAUUGUGCUUACCCGACGACACAGAAAGAGAGGGCUGGAGUACGACCUGCGAAGAUCUGAACGGAGUCAUGUGACUAGCCACGAUGACAUCGCAUUGGAUGCCACAGAGCUGAAGGUCUGCACCCAGGAAUACCUGAAUUCAGACUACAAAAACAACCUACUGAAAGAGAGAGAUAUGUCUAAAGGCUGCAAUAAAGAAAUGGAUGGAAAGUUGUGGAUAUGAGACUUAGAGAGCUGAUAUGCCGCUGGCGGCUCCAGAGCAGACAUACAUGUCACGUCCUGACCAGUAAAAGGGGUUGUUUGUUAUUGUAGUUUGGUCAGGGCGUGGCAGGGGGUGUUUAUUUAGUGUGUUUCGUUUUUUUGGGGGCAAUGUUCUAUGUUAGUAUAUUUCUAUGUCUGUGUCUAUUUAGUCUAUUUCUAUGUUCAGGGUUUUUUGGUUUGGCCUUCAAUUAGAAGCAGCUGUUCUUUGUUGCUUUUAAUUGGAGGCCAUAUUUAAGGAAGGGGUUUUUGUCACUGUGUUUGUGGGUAGUUGUUCCGUGUAUAGCGUGUUGCCUUACUCUUAGUCUUAGUCGGUGUUUGUUAUUUAGUUCAGUGUUCACGUUGCCUUCUAAAAUAAAGAAGAUGAGUAUACACAUUCCCGCUGCAUUUUGGUCUACUCCAUACGACGAACGUGACAAUACAUGACUAGGAAGAGGCAAUAAGGGAUUAGAAUGGUGGAAUCCAAAAAGGACAGGAGGGACUCUGUCUCUUUUUAUAGACAUCCCUUACCAAACACUCUUACCAAAACAUUUCUGUUGCUGCGCCAGUUUUUAAUAUUUUAUUUUAUAUUUUCAUACUUGUGUAUUCUGUAUUCUGAUCUGCUGUUAUUUCAAUACAGCUAAACAUGUCUUCAAUUUUGUAUUGUACUACACAGAUAUUUGAUGUCAAGUAUUUUAUAUUACAAAAAACAACCAGUGUGUACUAUACAACAUUCCUUGUCUUUUUGUACAUAACAAAAUACUUUCUAUCACUAUAUGACUUCCUUUUCAGAAAGCAUGUUGUCUUUAAAUGUAUGUGGGAAAACUGUCAUGUUCUGUUUUCUGAUUUCAGAGCUCAGCAAGCUCAGAAUUAGUUGAGAAUGUUUAUUAAAAUAUUUGCACAAACCUGUAA